UUGUAGUAAAGAAACAAUUUUGUUUCGCCGAUCCCUGCGCUGCCGCCGCCGCCUGCGCCACAGAUUUGAGAUUCUACAAGAAAACAAAAGACGAGAACCAGCCAUCCAUUCUUUCUCUCCCCUCCGCCCUCUAUCCUCAUCAUCGAAGAAGGGCUGUUGCUGUUCUUUCUUCCCCACGACCAUCAUCACUUUUAUCUCUCUCUCGACAUGGCUUCAGACGAGAUUGUAUGGCAGGUGAUCAACCAGCAAUUCUGCUCGUUCAAACUAAAAUUGAACACCAAAGAGCAAAACUUCUGCCGCAACGAAUACAACCUGACCGGAUUCUGCAAUCGACAAUCAUGCCCGCUAGCCAAUUCACGGUAUGCGACCGUUCGACCAGACCCCGAAACAGGGGCAUUAUGUCUGUUCAUCAAGUCACCUGAACGGGCACACCUGCCUUCAAAAUGGUGGGAAAAGAUCCGACUGGCCAACAACUACGAGAAGGCGCUGGCGCAGAUCGACGAGAAAUUGAUUUACUGGCCGAAAUUCUACAUCCACAAAUGCAAGCAGCGGCUGACACGGUUGACGCAAGUGGCGAUCCGGCAGCGGCGCCUGGCCAAGGAGGAAGAGAGGCUGGGUGAAAAGCUGGUGCCGAAAUUGUCGAGCAAGAUUCGCCGGAGGGAGGAGACGCGCGAGAGGAAGGCCGAAAGUGCCGCCAAGGUCGAGAGGGCGAUUGAGCGUGAAUUGAUUGAUCGGUUGCGCAGCGGUGCCUAUGGUGAUCGUCCUAUCAAUGUCGAGGAGAAUGUUUGGAAGAAGGUCCUGCGGGGCCUGGAGAGGGCUGAGAAGGGUGAAGAGGAGCUCGAGGAAGAUGAUGAGGAGUUGCUCGAGGAUGAGGAUGAGGCCGAAGCGGAGGUUGAGUAUGUUUCGGAUCUUGAGGCCAGCGGGGAUGAAAUGGAGGACUUUGAUGAUUGGUUCGAUGGCGAGAGUGCUGAAGAUGACGAUGAGACGGGUGCUUCGGAGGAGAGUGAGGAUGACGAAGAGGAUGAUGAUGAAGAUGAAGAAGGAGAUGCUGCUGCUCAAGGCAAGAAGAGGAAACGCGUCGCUCCGCCUGCUAAGCCUCGCAAGAAACAGACCGGUCGGGUCGAGAUCGAGUAUGAGACCGAGUUACCGCAGAAACAGGCCUUGUUUGCCUAGAGUGGUUGAUUCGAGUUACUGCAUCGAGAAAGGGCAGGCUGCAUAUCUAUAUCGAUCUCUUCUGUCCUGCAUCUUUGUCAAGUUGAGGUUCAGGCUGAGAAGGGUGUUGGGCCUAGAAAAAGUCAGCAAAUCUGCAUUUGUGGCGUUCCGAAGCAAGCAAUUGUUUAUGCAAAAAGAAUACAGGUGCCCAUGCGCUCCGUCCACUGCUCGUGUUUUCCACUGCCAGAGGAUUUCUAGUUGAGUCUGUAUGCUGUUCACCCUGAGUGAGAAAUACGUAGUACUCUAAGACACAAACGCCAUUGACAUAUCUGAACAC